UGUGUGCAUGAGUCGGUGGCACAGGCUCACGCCAAAAACUGCGCCUGACGGCCACUCUCUAUUCUCUCUCUUUUCUCCCUCUCCCCAGUCUCACCAGUGCAAAACCAGGCUCUGUGCUUUGCGGCAGACUGGUGAAGGAUGGAGACUUCCACCACCAUCACCGACUUGGACGCCGACUCUCUGGCCGAGUGUGGGCGCUACCUCGACCUCCAAGACCUCUCCAACAUGGCCAUGUCCUGCAAAUUCCUCAAAACUGUUGCCUAUUCUGAUUCCAUCUGGCAGCGUUGGUUCAGUGAGCAUUGGCCGCUGCAAAUGCCGUCUACUUUCUCCCAAGCUUCUGGGGUGAGGGAAUCCUACUUGGCUAGGCGCACAGCUUUGAGGCAGUUCAAGUUUGUUGAUCCACUAGCUGCUCAAUUCCACACAGAUGCCAAGCCUUUCAACCAUUUAUUAUUGGACAAAAAUAAUGACAUCAUUUUUUCCCAGGGUUCAGUGAUCCAAAUAAUGAAGAUGGGUAGCAUUUUUAGUGGAAGAGACUUUGUUAUCACCCUAAAUGAUCAUAAUGCAAGAAUUACUUGUAUGAGAUUAUUUCCGCUUAGUGAAACAUCUUUAUUUCGAAGUGAGACACAACGAGAAGAAAAUGUUUUGGUAACCUCAAGCUGUGACCACUCCAUUCGUCUAUGGUGGAAGGGUUCUUGCCAGCGGUGUUUUAGAGGUCAUAAUGGCCCAGUUUCCACUCUUUCAGAUAAAUUGCUGGGUGAUGGUAGUGGCAAAGUAUUUGCAAGUGGAGGAGAAGAUGGUACAGUUCGACUUUGGUCCCUUAGCUCAAGUGGGAAACGUGGCCAGCAGGCUUUAAAGGCAACUCUUUAUGGGCAUGCGAAACCUGUAAAAUUGAUGACAGUUGCUGGGCAUAAAACUUCUCUUCUGGUGACAAUUUCGAAAGAUUCUAAGGUGAGAGUUUGGGAUACAACUACAUCAUCUGCUGUUCGUUCUUCAUGCUGUGUGGGAAUGGCUUCUGUUCUUGGUGCACCUGUGGACAUGAAAUGUUAUGAAUCAUUGCUUUUUGUUGCUGCUGGUUCCUCUGUUUCCACAAUUGAUUUGAGGACGAUGCAAAGAGUUAUCACUGCUGCAAUUGGACAACAUGAAGUGUAUUCAUUUGAUAUUUUGCCCUCAAAAUCCUUGAUAUGCACAGGUGGAGAUGGCAAAGCGAUGCUAUGGGACAUUAGGAAAAGUCAGGAGACUCUUAAACCAGAACCAGUGAUCGAGGUGGAUGGGCACACGGGCCCAGUAACGCUCUUGCACAUGGAUCCAUACAAAAUUGUUACAGGAGGCCCUGAGGAUGAUCACGUUAAUGUUUGGGAGCUGGACACUGGGACACAAACAAAUACUUUGGCUUGCAGUUCAGAUGAGGGACCAAAUUCCAACCCUGGGUGUUCUGCCAUGGCCGCUGAUGGGUGUCGGAUUGUCACUGCUAGCUGUGGUACAGAGGAUGGGCUUGUAUGGUUUAGGGACUUCACUGAUGCUACAUGCCCUGUUUCUUCUUCACAUGAAGAUAAACCUGCCUCAAAAUUUUGGGAUCCUCAAUGCUAUGGUGAUACCGAAAACUCUGAUGACUGAAUAUAUUUCUUGUUAUUUUCUCUGAACAUCACCAAGCUUUUCUCUACUUCCAAUUCUCCGUUUGAUUUUCAUUUUGUGUAGAAGGAUGAAUGCUUGGGUAAAGGCAAGAGGGUCUCUGCCAUUUUGUCUAUCAUUAUAAUAGAAGGCUAGUAAGGCUGAGUUGUUUGUUGCUAAUGAUUGUUUAAUCUUGACCUGAAUCCCUUUACCAAAACUGUGUUCCCAUGUAGAUGAUAUCUGGUUUGAGACUCGGAGAAUGGCUCUUAUGGAGAAUUCUUUUUAUCCGAUUAGUAAAGGGUAUCUGGAUCC